CUGCUAGAUUGCUUUCCAGUACCAAGGCAUUUAGUUAAGCAGAUUGUGUUUUCUCAUACCUCUUGGCAGCAGUUGGCGACGAGUGGCUUGGCAGACAACAGAACCACAGAUUCAGCCAUUAUUCUAGCCACUUAUGCCAAUCGGGGUCGCGGGAUGCUGGAGACUGCUGGGAUAGGCUCAAACCAUCCUUAAGGAUUUCCAAGCCACUUGUUGAUGCCAUUCAACUGGGUCUGAAGAACCACUUCAGCGAAAUCUUUGAAGAUCCAGAACGGAUUGCAGCCACCAUCUUGCUGCCAAAAUUCAAAACAUUGUAAACCAAAGAUGAAUCCAUCCUCAAAAAGGGACUGGACUACAUCAGUCUGGACAUGGAGCCCUCGCAUCCCCCCAUUAACUUGCAUACCACCUCUUCUGAUGAUGACGACUUUUUCUCAUCCAUCAAGUUGAACGCACAAGAAAGUUCCAAAGAACUUGAGGAUACGAACAUUUAUUAAAACCCAAUGAUGAGAAGAUGGCAUAUGGUCGUGAUAUGAUUUACUCUGCUGCUGAAGAGAAGAAUGGAUGCAGUGAUCCAGAGUAACCUUAAUUUUUCUUGUGUUAACCAUGGGAAGUGGAGAGGAAAAACAAAGAUGGACAGUAAAAAUGAGUGCCCCAAGUGUUUUGGCCACAGUGACAGUCCUCUCUUUAAUUCCUGGCUGGGUGCUAAGUUCUCAGGGUCUGGAAGCCCAACAACUGGCCCAAGGGUCCACUCAUCUGCACCGUCGCCUGAAGAGAGGCUGGAUCUGGAAACAGCUUUUUGUCCCUGAGGAGGACCCUACUCCCCGUGUCAUUGGCCAGCUCAAGUCUGACUAUGACCGGGGGGAAUUUUCCAUCAAGUACAUCUUAUCAGGAGAGGGUGCCGGAGAUGUGUUUGAGAUAGAUGAGUAUUCGGGUGAAAUCCGGACCCUGCAAAAGCUGGACCGAGAGGAGAAGGCCUUCUAUGUGCUUCAGGCUCAGGCCAUCAACCGGAGGUCCAAUGAACCAGUGGAGCCCCAGUCAGAGUUUAUCAUCAAGGUGCAGGACAUCAACGACAACGUUCCUCAGUUCGAGAAUGAACCUUAUGUUUCCAGCAUAUCCGAGAUGUGUCCCAUCGGGACCACCGUGGCCCAGGUGACAGCCACAGAUGCUGACGAUCCUUUGUUUGGAAACAAUGCUAAGCUCAUCUACUCCAUCCUGCAGGGGGAGCCCUACUUCUCUGUGGAGCCAAAGACAGGUAUCAUUGUAACAUCAUGGCCAAACAUGGACCGCGAGGCCAGAGAGCAAUACCAGGUGGUGGUCCAGGUGAAGGAUAUGCUGGGCCUCAGCGGCGGGUACUCCUCUUCCACCACAGUCACCGUAAGCCUGACUGAUGUGAACGACAAUGGGCCCACGUUUCAGCACCACCUGUACACGUUUGCCGUCCCUGAAAAUGCACCAGUGGGCAUCACCGUGGGCAGGAUCAUGGCAGAUGAUGGAGAUGUCGGUGUCAAUGCCAGGAUGAACUACAGUCUGGAGGACCUGGAGGAGAGCACCACCUUCAGAAUUCAGACAGACCCCGUCACUCAAGAGGGGGUGGUUCUGCUGGCCAAGCCUCUGGACUACGAAACUAAGAGACGCUUUGUGAUGGCAGCCGAGGCAGUCAACGAUCACAUGGACACGCACUUCCUGAGUUACGAUGAAUUCAAGGAUAGGACCACACUCAAGAUCAUUGUGGAGGAUGUGGAUGAGCCCCCCGUCUUUCUCGCUCCAGUCUAUGAGUGGAAAGUUCCAGAAAACGCAAUGAUGGGAACGGUGGUUGGCACUGUCAGUGCCAGAGACAUUGACACAGUCAACAAUCCCAUCAGAUAUUCUAUUGACAAAGGCAGCGACCUCAGAAAAGCUUUCAGAAUAGACCCAAACAACGGGACCAUCACCGUUGCUAAACCUUUGGACAGAGAGACUCUGAGCUGGCACAAUGUCACUGUUGCAGCCGAGGAAACAAAGCAGAACCAUUUAUCCGCCACUGUGGCAGUGUUCAUCAAAGUGCUGGACAUAAACGACAAUGUGCCAAGGCUUGCGAGAGAUUACCAGCCAUAUAUCUGUGAGGGGACCCAGGCGGGAGAGCUCGUUCAGCUGCUCAGCGCCGUGGACCCAGAUGAGCCGGUGGAGGGACACCACUUUUACUUCUCCAUGGUCUCAGAGAAGCACAUCAAUCCAAACUUCACCAUCAGAGAUAAUCAAGAUAACACAGCUGGCAUCGUUGCACGAAGGAGCACUUUCACCCGCAAAGACCGCAUUCACUUCCUCCUUCCCGUGGUGGUAACAGACAGCGGCUCGCCGGCACUUUCCAGCACCAGCACCUUGACCAUCAGUGUGUGUAGCUGUCAACCCACCGGGCACUGCCCCACCGGGGGGGUGCAGGCCCUCGCUCUCUCCAUGGGGGUGAGCAUCCAAACCCUGCUGGGCCUGCUGCUCUGCCUGGUAGUAUUCGCUGUGCUGUCCAUUCUAAUGCUGGUGGUGAGGAGACACAGGCGGAAGCAGCAGGAGGGCCUGGAAGCAGAGAAGAAAGAGCUCCAGCUGCCAGGGAAGGUUUCACAGAAGGUUCUGCGCUAUGGAGAACCGGGGUGCAGAGGAGCGGAUCUGGGCGUCUCCCAGCCCGUCCCCCUGCGCCCCCACCCCAGGAGGAAGGAGAGGAGACUCCGUAGAGAAGAUGUCGCAGCCAGCAUACGAAUGUCCCUCCGACAGUCCCAUCUUAUUGGCCCCGAGGACGAGGUCUUCAGACAGUUUAUAAUGGACAGGCUGACAGAAGCUGACCAGGAUCCGUACGUUCCUCCAUUUGACUGCCUUAGAACCUAUGCGUAUGAGGGGACGGGGUCGGCUGCAGGAUCCUUGAGCUCGCUGGAGUCCUGUACUUUUGAGCCUGGGGAUGAGCAACCUGCAUCCAGACCCAGACCCUCUUUGGUGCAACUUACUCCAUGGCAGGGGACAGGGGAGGAGGAAACCACUUUCUGAAAGACCCUCUCUUGAGAAUGGGGUUUUUGUUUUGUUUUUUUGCUUGUUUGACAUUACAUUACACUUCUCUUAACACGCACCUGUACUGAUGGAAGCACCAAUCAAAAAUGUGCAUUUGCAAAAUGGUAAAACUUAGGGAUACAUACUCACAAAAAUGUGACAUAUGCUUCAUCAGUGUAAUUACAGCUUUACAGCACUGCACUUAAACAACAGCCUUUUUAAUUAAAACACCUACUAUUCAACUGUUAAUUAUAUCUGUCCUUUGGACUGUGACCUUCUGCACAUGAAUAUAAAUAUUGCUCAGUUGUUUGUCUUAUUACUUUGAACAUUGGUUCAUGAUGGUCAAUACGUAUACUCAAAUUGUACAGUCAAUGAACUUGUAUAAAGUUGAUGUCUAUGGCAAAUUAUUAUUCAAAUUACUACAGAGAUACGGUUAUCUUAUUAAUGCUGUAAUGACAGACGAGAUAUGUAGUGAAGAUGUAUUAGUUAUUUGGUUCCAUACAGUAUUUAGUAUCAAAACCUUGCUUUGAUAAAACAAAUUAAUAUAUGUAUUUAUCACAGCAGCUUGUUUCUUAUGCAGUUUUCCUUGUCAAACAAAACGCUUCCACAAAACGAAAGUAAAAACCUCGUAAGAGGGACGAUCACUCCAAGUACUGAAAAGAA